GGACUGUUUGAAGAUCGGUUAAUUUACUUUUUAAAAAACACUGAAAUUGUUGUCAAAAUAGAGUGAAAAUACACACAUACUCGUAACCAGUUUGGUACAUCAAUUUCGCAAGGACACGGCAAGGGAAAUGGAAAAUUUCGAUAGGGUUAUGGAUGGCAUUGGCUUCGGCAAGGCACACGUGUUCGCUAUACUGACUCUCGGCCUGCUUCAAAUGCUAACCGUUCCCGAAACUAUGGGGAUGGGCGUCGUCGGCCCAGCCUCGGUGUGUGAUCUUCACCUGAGUCAAGGACAGUUAGCUGUGUUGCAUUCAGCCUCUUUUGUGGGCAUCAUCUGCUCCUCCUACUUCUGGGGCUACAUUACUGAUAAGAUGGGGCGCCGCUGGACCCUGCUGCGUACACUUGUCCUGAGCACUUUAUGCUCACUCGCCUCCAACUUCAUGGUCGGCUUUACAGGCUUCGUCCUUAUGAGGUUUUUAACAGGGAUUUUCGUGGCCGGUCCGGGCCUAGUGGGGCCCACCUACCUCUCCGAGUUCUUCCCCACCCGACACGUACGCACUGUCAUCACCCACUUGUACUUGUUCACUGGCUUUGCCAUUAUGUACUGCCCCCUGAUGGCCACACUCUUUCUCAAGACGAGCCUCUUGGAGAUUGAAUAUCCAAUUGUUGGAGAUCUUGUUCUGCGGUCCUGGCGUCUGUUGGGCUGCUCUUGGGUCGUGCCGGGAAUACUUUCCUUUUUCCUGCUGUUUUUUAUGCCAGAAAGUCCAAAAUUCUUCUUUACGAUGGGCCAGACGCAAAAGGGACUGGCUGUAAUGGAGUGGAUUAGUAGGCGUAACACCGGACGGCCUCUUACCCCGGAGCAAAUUGUUUGGUUGCACAGGUUCCAAGCCUUUUCCCAAGUCAGGCGUCAGAAGGCUGAUCAGCAUCUUUUGGGAUCGAUGCUUAGCGACGCGAUGCCCUUAUUCCGAAAACCCUAUCUGGUUACCUACACCGGUGCCUGCAUGACCAUGUUUUUGCUGGGCAUGGUAAGCAAUGGCUUUGGAAUUUGGUUCACGGCCAUGCGGAAUCGGCUUCUAAUGCGAAAAGGUAAUAAGGAUCAGAUGCCCUUCUGCCAGGUAAUUUUUGUUCCCGAUCCGGGUUUAGUAUUGGAGCCGGAAAACGACCUUAAUGUGAUUUGCGACGACGACUUCAAGAGCUUUUUCGAAUCGGUUUACAUGGGUGCCGUCAACGUGUUCCUGUACAACGUUUGCUGGGUCUUGCUAUUUAAGGUGCCACGGAGCGUGACUUUCGUCGUCUUCCUCUCGGCGGCUUCAACCUUUGGGUUCAUCUUGAUUUUCUCAACGCAUUUUUGGGUGCAGCUCUUCUCAUACAUCCUGCUUCUGAGCUUACCACUGGUGGUAAUGACCCUACUAGGUGGUUCUCUCUUGGGAAACGUACCCACCCAUCUCCGAGCCAAGGCGGUGUGUAUCUGCUUGAUGUGGUCCCGUUUUGGAGCAAUUGUGGGGGCAAUAUCAACUGGACUCUUUAUCCAUCUACACUGUGAGCCGUUCCUAUUGCUGGUCGCCAUUAUACCCUUGCUCGCCGCCAGCAUUUCGAGUUAUUUGCCACUUUGCAUAUGUUUUUGGUGUUGCAAAAUAUUGAGCGUAGUGGGCAUUGAAAUUGUUGUUAAAAUACAACGAAACAAGCAAAAAUUCUUAAUUUGGUUUUACUGUAAUACACGGACACGGAGGAUGGAACAUUUUGACCGGGUCAUGGAGCAGAUCGGAUUCGGCAAGGUGCAUCUGUUCGCCCUGCUGACUCUCGGCCUGCUUCAGAUGCUGACCUUCCAAGAGACAAUGGGCAUGGGUGUUGUAGCCCCAGCCUCGGUUUGUGAUCUGCAUCUGACGCAGAUGCAGAUGGCUGCAUUGACGGCGGCCACCUUCAUGGGCAUCAUUUGCUCCUCCUACUUCUGGGGCUACAUCACCGACAAGAAGGGACGACGGUGGACCCUGUUGCGCACAAUCACCGUGAGCAUGGUCUGCUCGAUUACCUCGAUGUUUAUGGUCAACUUCCCUGGGUUCUUCCUUAUGAGGUUUUUUACUGGAAUUUUUGUGGCUGGUCCAAGCUUCGUAGCGGCCACCUACCUGUCCGAGUUCUUUCCGAGGCCACUCCUGGCUCGUGUCAUCACUCACAUGUUCAUGUUCACGGGCUUUGCAAUGAUGUUUUGCCCGGGAAUGGCAACACUGUUCCUCAAGCCGGGAUACAUUGAUUUUGAGGUGCAUUUAAUUGGCAAUCUUGUCUGGCGGCCCUGGCGAAUGUUGGGUUGUAUAUAUGUCUUGCCGGGAUUAAUUGCCCUUAUCCUGCUGCUAUUCCUGCCAGAGAGCCCCAAGUUCCUUUUCAUGAUCGGGGAUACGCAUAAAGGGUUGAAAGUGGUGGAGUGGAUCUCAAUGAAAAACACCGGGCGUCCUCUCACCCCGGAGCAGAUUGUCCUGCUGCAUAAGUUUCAGAACUUUGCGCAGGUAAAGCGUCAAAAGUCGGACGAGCACAUAAUUCGAUCAAUGAUGAGUGACGCUAUGCCCUUGUUCCGGAGACCCUAUUUAGGAACCUUCAUAAGCGCAUGCAUGCUAAUGUUUGUCUUGGGCCUGAUAGCCAACGGCAUCGGAAUUUGGUUCACGGCCAUGCGAAAUCGUGCCCACAUGCGGCAAGGUGAUAAGACGGAUAUGUCCUUAUGCCAGAUACUCUUCGUACCCGACCAGGGCUUGAUUUUGGAGCCGGAGAGUGACGUUGAAGUGAUCUGCAACGACGAUUUCAAGGGUUUUAACGAUUCCUUUUGUAUGGGCGCCGCUAACGUUCUGCUAUACAACAUUUGCUGGCUUUUGCUCUUUAAGGUCCCCAGGAGGUUUAUUUUUAUUGUCGGCAUCUUGAUCACCUCAACGAGCGGGUGCUUGUUGGUCUUCGUGACCGGCCGUUGGGUGCAGCUUGCUACAUGCAUCCUGCUUCUGGGCACGCCUGGAGUGAUACUAAGUGUGUUGGGUGGCGCUCUUCUGGAAGACGUGCCCACCUACCUUCGCGCCAAGGCAAUGUGCAUCUGCCUGAUGUGGGCUCGGUGUGGCGCUGUGGUGGGCACGAUAGCAACCGGCAUUCUCAUCCACCAGUACUGCGCACAUUAUCUAUUUCUGAUAUCCACCAUGCCCCUGCGUAAGAUUUUUAUUAAAAACCAUUUUGCUUUAUCAGAGGCUAAUAGUCUUUCCACAAAAUGUAUUUAUAUUUUUGUCUACAUGUUUGGUUAGCAUAUUCCACAUUUC